GCCGGGGAGCGCGGAGCCGCGGGCAGGCCGGGCCGCACCGGAGCCCCGCGUCCGCCCGCGCCCCGCCCGAGCCCUGCGCCCUGCGCCCGCGCCCUGCGCUCCGCGAUGCGCGCCAACUUGCGGGCCGGGGACCCAGGGCCGGCGCCCUAGGAGGCGGCGGCGGGAGGAUCGCGUCCCGACCCGAGGCCGGGCCUGCUGCGCGCCCCCAGCCCGAUCGGCACCGCCACUUGCCUGAGCGCCCCGGCGGCCCGAGCGCGCCCCAAGCCCGGGGGCCACCGCUGCCACCUCCGCGAGGUCUCCCUGAGUCUUUGAGGACACAGCCUUGCUGGAGGCAGUUUCUGGUGCCAGUGACGGGGUGGCCCGUGAGCUGAUGACGAGGACUGGCUUUUAAUCCUUGGUGGCAAUUAAGAGAAAGCUUAUCGGGGCCUGGGAGCCACCCCGACCCCUACCACCAUGUCGGGAUCCACACAGCCUGUGGCACAGACGUGGAGGGCCACUGAAACCCGCUACCCGCCCCACAGCCUUUCCUACCCAGUGCAGAUCGCCCGGACACACACGGACGUCGGGCUCCUGGAGUACCAGCACCACUCCCGCGACUAUGCCUCCCACCUGUCACCUGGCUCCAUCAUCCAGCCCCAGCGGCGGAGGCCCUCCCUGCUGUCCGAGUUCCAGCCCGGGAAUGAACGGUCCCAGGAGCUCCACCUGCGGCCAGAGUCCCACUCGUACCUGCCCGAGCUGGGGAAGUCGGAGAUGGAGUUCAUUGAAAGCAAGCGCCCUCGGCUAGAGCUGCUGCCUGAUCCCCUGCUGCGACCGUCACCCCUGCUGGCCGCUGGCCAGCCUGCAGGAUCCGAAGACCUCACCAAGGACCGUAGCCUGACGGGCAAGCUGGAACCAGUGUCUCCCCCCAGCCCCCCGCACACCGACCCUGAGCUGGAGCUGGUGCCUCCGCGGCUGUCCAAGGAGGAGCUGAUCCAGAACAUGGACCGCGUGGACCGAGAGAUCACCAUGGUGGAGCAGCAGAUCUCUAAGCUGAAGAAGAAGCAGCAACAGCUGGAGGAGGAGGCUGCCAAGCCGCCCGAGCCUGAGAAGCCCGUGUCACCGCCACCCAUCGAGUCGAAGCACCGCAGCCUGGUGCAGAUCAUCUACGACGAGAACCGGAAGAAGGCCGAAGCUGCACAUCGGAUUCUGGAAGGCCUGGGGCCCCAGGUGGAGCUGCCGUUGUACAACCAGCCCUCCGACACCCGGCAGUAUCAUGAGAACAUCAAAAUAAACCAGGCGAUGCGGAAGAAGCUAAUCUUGUACUUCAAGAGGAGGAAUCACGCUCGGAAACAAUGGGAGCAGAAGUUCUGCCAGCGCUAUGACCAGCUCAUGGAGGCCUGGGAGAAGAAGGUGGAGCGCAUCGAGAACAACCCCCGGCGGCGGGCCAAGGAGAGCAAGGUGCGCGAGUACUACGAGAAGCAGUUCCCCGAGAUUCGCAAGCAGCGCGAGCUGCAGGAGCGCAUGCAGAGCAGGGUGGGCCAGCGGGGCAGUGGGCUGUCCAUGUCAGCCGCCCGCAGCGAGCACGAGGUGUCGGAGAUCAUCGACGGCCUCUCAGAGCAGGAGAACCUGGAGAAGCAGAUGCGCCAGCUGGCCGUGAUCCCGCCCAUGCUGUACGACGCCGACCAGCAGCGCAUCAAGUUCAUCAACAUGAACGGGCUCAUGGCCGACCCCAUGAAGGUGUACAAAGACCGCCAGGUGAUGAACAUGUGGAGCGAGCAGGAGAAGGAGACCUUCCGGGAGAAGUUCAUGCAGCAUCCCAAGAACUUUGGCCUGAUCGCAUCAUUCCUGGAGAGGAAGACGGUGGCUGAGUGCGUCCUCUAUUACUACCUGACCAAGAAGAAUGAGAACUAUAAGAGCCUGGUGAGACGGAGCUAUCGGCGCCGCGGCAAGAGCCAGCAGCAGCAACAGCAGCAGCAGCAGCAGCAGCAGCAGCAGCAGCCCAUGCCCCGCAGCAGCCAGGAGGAGAAAGAUGAGAAGGAGAAGGAAAAGGAGGCGGAGAAGGAGGAGGAGAAGCCGGAGGUGGAGAACGACAAGGAAGACCUCCUCAAGGAGAAGACAGACGACACCUCAGGGGAGGACAACGAUGAGAAGGAGGCUGUGGCCUCCAAAGGCCGCAAAACUGCCAACAGCCAGGGGAGACGCAAAGGCCGCAUCACCCGCUCAAUGGCUAAUGAGGCCAACAGUGAGGAGGCCAUCACCCCCCAGCAGAGUGCCGAGCUAGCCUCCAUGGAGCUGAAUGAGAGUUCUCGCUGGACGGAAGAAGAAAUGGAAACAGCCAAGAAAGGUCUCCUGGAACAUGGCCGCAACUGGUCGGCCAUCGCCCGGAUGGUGGGCUCCAAGACUGUGUCGCAGUGUAAGAACUUCUACUUCAACUACAAGAAGAGGCAGAACCUCGAUGAGAUCUUGCAGCAGCACAAGCUGAAGAUGGAGAAGGAGAGGAACGCGCGGAGGAAGAAGAAGAAAGCCCCGGCGGCGGCCAGCGAGGAGACUGCGUUUCCGCCCGUGGUGGAGGAUGAGGAGAUGGAAGCAUCGGGCGUGAGCGGAAACGAGGAGGAGAUGGUGGAGGAGGCCGAAGCCUUACAUGCCUCUGGGAAUGAGGUGCCCAGAGGGGAAUGCAGUGGCCCAGCCACUGUCAACAACAGCUCAGACACCGAGAGCAUCCCCUCCCCUCGCACUGAGGCCGCCAAGGACACAGGGCAGAAUGGGCCCCAGCCCCCAGCCACCCUGAGCACCGAUGGGCCACCCCCGGAGCCACCCACCCCGCCGCCUGAGGACAUCCCGGCCCCCACUGAGCCCACCCCAGCCUCUGAAGCCACCGGACCCCCUACGCCCCCACCAGCACCCCCAUCGCCUUCUGUACCCCCUCCUGUGGUCCCCAAGGAGGAGAAGGAGGAGGAGGCCGCAGCGGUGCCCCCAGUGGAGGAGGGGGAGGAGCAGAAGCCCCCCGUGGCUGAGGAGCUGGCAGUGGAUACAGGGAAGGCCGAGGAGCCCAUCAAGAGCGAGUGCACGGAGCAAGCCGAGGAGGGUCCGGCCAAGGGCAAGGAUGCGGAGGCCUCUGAGGCCAUGGCCGAGGGAGCGCUCAAGGCAGAGAAGAAGGAGGGCGGGAGCGGCAGGGCCACCACAGCCAAGGGCUCGGGCGCCCCCCAGGACAGCGACUCCAGUGCCACCUGCAGUGCAGAUGAGGUGGAUGAGCCUGAGGGCGGCGACAAGAACCGGCUGCUGUCCCCAAGGCCCAGCCUCCUCACCCCAACUGGCGACCCCCGAGCCAACGCCUCGCCCCAGAAGCCACUGGACCUGAAGCAGCUGAAGCAGCGAGCGGCUGCCAUCCCCCCCAUCCAGGUCACCAAAGUCCAUGAACCCCCCCGGGAGGAUGCAGCUCCCACUAAGCCAGCUCCCCCUGCCCCACCACCGCCACAGCACCUGCAGCCGGAGAGUGAUGCCCCUCAGCAGCCUGGCAGCAGCCCCCGGGGCAAGAGCAGGAGCCCGGCGCCCCCCGCAGACAAGGAGGCCUUCGCAGCCGAGGCCCAGAAGCUGCCUGGGGACCCCCCUUGCUGGACUUCCGGCCUGCCCUUCCCCGUGCCCCCCCGUGAGGUGAUCAAGGCCUCCCCGCAUGCCCCGGACCCCUCAGCCUUCUCCUACGCUCCACCUGGUCACCCGCUGCCCCUGGGCCUCCAUGACACUGCCCGGCCCGUCCUGCCGCGCCCACCCACCAUCUCCAACCCGCCUCCCCUCAUCUCCUCUGCCAAGCACCCCAGCGUCCUCGAGAGGCAAAUAGGUGCCAUCUCCCAGGGAAUGUCGGUCCAGCUCCACGUCCCGUACUCAGAGCAUGCCAAGGCCCCGGUGGGCCCCGUCACCAUGGGGCUGCCCCUGCCCAUGGACCCCAAAAAGCUGGCGCCCUUCAGCGGAGUGAAGCAGGAGCAACUGUCCCCACGGGGCCAGGCUGGGCCACCGGAGAGCUUGGGGGUGCCCACGGCCCAGGAGGCGUCCGUGCUGAGAGGGACAGCUCUGGGCUCAGUUCCGGGCGGAAGCAUCACCAAAGGCGUUCCCAGCACGCGGGUGCCAUCGGACGGCGCCAUCACGUACCGCGGCUCCAUCACCCACGGCACACCAGCUGAUGUCCUGUACAAAGGCACCAUCACCAGGAUCAUCGGCGAGGACAGCCCAAGUCGCCUGGACCGCGGCCGGGAGGACAGCCUGCCCAAGGGCCACGUCAUCUACGAAGGCAAGAAGGGCCACGUCUUGUCCUAUGAGGGUGGCAUGUCUGUGACCCAGUGCUCUAAGGAAGAUGGCAGAAGCAGCUCAGGACCCCCCCAUGAGACGGCUGCCCCCAAGCGCACCUACGACAUGAUGGAAGGCCGUGUGGGCAGAGCCAUCUCCUCGGCCAGCAUCGAAGGUCUCAUGGGCCGUGCCAUCCCGCCUGAGCGACACAGCCCCCACCACCUCAAAGAGCAGCACCACAUCCGCGGGUCAAUCACACAAGGGAUCCCUCGGUCCUACGUGGAAGCACAGGAGGACUACCUGCGUCGGGAGGCCAAGCUCCUAAAGCGGGAGGGCACGCCUCCGCCCCCACCGCCCCCGCGGGACCUGACCGAGGCCUACAAGACGCAGGCCCUGGGCCCCUUGAAGCUGAAGCCGGCCCAUGAGGGCCUGGUGGCCACGGUGAAGGAGGCGGGCCGCUCCAUCCAUGAGAUCCCGCGCGAGGAGCUGCGGCACACGCCCGAGCUGCCCCUGGCCCCACGGCCACUCAAGGAGGGCUCCAUCACGCAGGGCACCCCGCUCAAGUACGACACCGGCACGUCCACCACUGGCUCCAAAAAGCACGACGUACGCUCCCUCAUCGGCAGCCCUGGCCGGACGUUCCCACCUGUGCACCCACUGGACAUGAUGGCUGACGCCCGGGCACUGGAACGCGCCUGCUACGAGGAGAGCCUGAAGAGCCGGCCGGGGACCGCCGGCAGCUCGGGGGGCUGCAUUGCGCGUGGUGCCCCGGUCAUUGUGCCUGAGCUGGGCAAGCCGCGGCAGAGCCCCCUGACCUACGAGGACCACGGGGCACCCUUCGCUGGCCACCUUCCGCGAGGCUCACCUGUGACCACGCGGGAGCCCACGCCGCGCCUGCAGGAGGGCAGCCUGUCGUCUAGCAAGGCAUCCCAGGACCGAAAGCUGACGUCGACGCCUCGUGAGAUCGCCAAGUCCCCGCACAGCACCGUCCCCGAGCACCACCCACACCCCAUCUCGCCCUAUGAGCACCUACUUCGGGGCGUGAGUGGCGUGGACCUGUAUCGCAGCCACAUCCCCCUGGCCUUCGACCCCAACUCCAUACCCCGCGGCAUCCCUCUGGAUGCAGCUGCUGCCUACUACUUGCCCCGGCACCUGGCCCCCAACCCCACCUACCCGCACCUGUACCCACCCUACCUCAUCCGCGGCUACCCUGACACGGCGGCGCUGGAGAACCGGCAGACCAUCAUCAAUGACUACAUCACCUCACAGCAGAUGCACCACAACGCAGCCACCGCCAUGGCCCAGCGAGCCGACAUGCUGAGGGGCCUCUCGCCCCGCGAGUCCUCGCUGGCACUCAACUACGCUGCCGGCCCCCGAGGCAUCAUCGACCUGUCCCAAGUGCCACACCUGCCCGUGCUGGUGCCCCCGACGCCAGGCACCUCAGCCACCGCCAUGGACCGCCUUGCCUACCUCCCCACUGCACCCCAGCCCUUCAGCAGCCGCCACAGCAGCUCCCCACUCUCCCCAGGAGGCCCCACGCACUUGACAAAACCAACCACCACGUCCUCGUCCGAGCGGGAGCGAGACCGAGAUCGGGAGCGUGACCGGGAUCGGGAGCGGGAAAAGUCCAUCCUCACAUCUUCCACGACGGUGGAGCAUGCGCCCAUCUGGAGGCCCGGUACAGAGCAGAGCAGCGGCAGCAGUGGCAGCAGCGGCGGGGGUGGGGGCAGCAGCAGCCGCCCCGCCUCCCACUCCCAUGCCCACCAGCACUCGCCCAUCUCCCCCCGGACCCAGGACGCUCUCCAGCAGAGGCCCAGUGUGCUGCACAACACAGGCAUGAAGGGCAUCAUCACCGCUGUAGAGCCCAGCACGCCCACGGUCCUGAGGUCCACCUCCACCUCCUCACCUGUUCGCCCGGCUGCCACAUUCCCACCCGCCACCCAUUGCCCACUGGGCGGCACCCUCGAUGGGGUCUACCCUACCCUCAUGGAGCCUGUCUUGCUGCCCAAGGAGGCUCCCCGGGUAGCCCGGCCAGAGCGGCCCCGAGCAGACACCGGCCAUGCCUUCCUCGCCAAGCCCCCAGCCCGCCCCGGGCUGGAGCCCGCCUCCUCCCCCAGCAAGGGCUCGGAGCCCCGGCCCCUAGCACCCCCCGUCUCUGGCCAUGCCACCAUCGCCCGCACCCCUGCGAAGAACCUCGCACCCCACCACGCCAGCCCGGACCCGCCGGCGCCACCCGCCUCGGCCUCGGACCCGCACCAGGAAAAGACUCAAAGUAAACCCUUUUCCAUCCAGGAACUGGAACUCCGUUCUCUGGGUUACCAUGGCAGCAGCUACAGCCCUGAAGGGGUGGAGCCCGUCAGCCCUGUGAGCUCGCCCAGCCUGACACACGACAAGGGGCUCCCCAAGCACCUGGAAGAGCUGGACAAGAGCCACCUGGAGGGGGAGCUGCGGCCCAAGCAGCCAGGCCCCAUGAAGCUCGGCGGGGAGGCCGCCCACCUCCCACACCUGCGGCCGCUGCCCGAGAGCCAGCCCUCGUCCAGCCCGCUGCUCCAGACUGCCCCGGUGGUCAAAGGUCACCAGCGGGUGGUCACUCUGGCCCAGCACAUCAGUGAGGUCAUCACACAGGACUACACCCGGCACCACCCACAGCAGCUCAGCGCACCCCUGCCCGCCCCCCUGUACUCCUUCCCUGGGGCCAGCUGCCCCGUCCUGGACCUCCGCCGCCCACCCAGUGACCUCUACCUCCCGCCCCCGGACCAUGGUGCCCCGGCCCGUGGCUCCCCCAACAGCGAAGGGGGCAAGAGGUCUCCAGAGCCAAGCAAGACGUCGGUCUUGGGUGGUGGUGAGGACGGUAUUGAACCUGUGUCCCCACCGGAGGGCAUGACGGAGCCAGGGCACUCCCGGAGUGCUGUGUACCCGCUGCUGUACCGGGAUGGGGAGCAGACAGAGCCCAGCAGGAUGGGCUCCAAGUCUCCAGGCAACACCAGCCAGCCGCCAGCCUUCUUCAGCAAGCUGACCGAGAGCAACUCCGCCAUGGUCAAGUCCAAGAAGCAAGAGAUCAACAAGAAGCUGAACACCCACAACCGGAAUGAGCCUGAAUACAAUAUCGGCCAGCCUGGGACGGAGAUCUUCAAUAUGCCCGCCAUCACCGGAACAGGCCUUAUGACCUAUAGAAGCCAGGCGGUGCAGGAACAUGCCAGCACCAACAUGGGGCUGGAGGCCAUAAUUAGAAAGGCACUCAUGGGUAAAUAUGACCAGUGGGAAGAGUCCCCGCCGCUCAGCGCCAAUGCUUUUAACCCUCUGAAUGCCAGUGCCAGCCUGCCCGCUGCUAUGCCCAUAACCGCUGCUGACGGACGGAGUGACCACACACUCACCUCGCCAGGCGGCGGCGGGAAGGCCAAGGUCUCUGGCAGACCCAGCAGCCGAAAAGCCAAGUCCCCGGCCCCGGGCCUGGCGUCUGGGGACCGGCCACCCUCUGUCUCCUCAGUGCACUCAGAGGGAGACUGCAACCGCCGGACGCCGCUCACCAACCGUGUGUGGGAGGACCGGCCCUCGUCAGCAGGUUCCACGCCAUUCCCCUACAAUCCCCUGAUCAUGCGGCUGCAGGCGGGUGUCAUGGCUUCCCCACCCCCACCAGGCCUCCCCGCGGGCAGCGGGCCCCUCGCUGGCCCCCACCAUGCCUGGGACGAGGAGCCCAAGCCACUGCUCUGCUCGCAGUACGAGACACUGUCCGACAGCGAGUGA